ACAUUUGACCUAGAAUAGAUGUGGGAGAGAGAGGGAGAGCCCUUCCUGUAUACAGACGAGUGUUACAUGAGCUGCUGGGCUCAUUCCAGGGUUUGUGUAGAGCUGGGAGUGACAGUGCAAGUGCCUGAGCAGAGCGCUGCGUUCAGCUUCAGGGCAAGUCAAACCCACACAACAACAAAAAGCUGAACUGAAUGUUUGGAAUUUAAAAAACGUGAAAGCAAAAUGGCUGAAGAAGGAAUCUUGCAGGAGAUCUUCACUUCUCCUUUAAAUAUAUGCCUCCUGUGCCUGUGCCUGUACUUGCUGUACAAAAUACUGAGGGGAGACAAACCCCAAAGCAAUGAGAACACUGAGGAGCAGCUACCAAAAAUGAAGAAGCGAGAUUUUACCCGGGCUGAGCUUCAAGAGUAUGAUGGUGUACAAAAUCCUAGGAUUCUAAUGGCCAUCAGUAACAAAGUGUUCGAUGUGACUCGAGGGAAAAAGUUUUAUGGUCCAGAUGGGCCUUAUGGGAUCUUUGCUGGACGAGAUGCAUCAAGAGGGCUUGCAACAUUUUGUUUGGAUAAAGAUGCUCUCAAAGAUACUGAUGACGACUUAUCUGAUCUAACAGCGACGCAGAAGGAGACCUUGAAUGACUGGGAGGAACAAUUUACUUUCAAGUAUCACCAUGUUGGGAAACUUCUGAAGGCUGGCGAAGAGCCAACAGAAUACACAGAUGAUGAAGAUGCAAAAGAUUCUUCGGACUCGAAGAAGAAAAACUAAGUCUACUUAGGUUUAUUAUUUUGAUUAAGUAACUGUAGCAUUGGUAUCUGUCCUGAUUUCUUUGAGCAGCACAACAACCUUUUAGGAGGAAAAUAUUGAGCACAUUUUUGUAUCUUUGGAAGCCUGAGCAGUCUUCAAAAAUUGUACAGUCUUGGGAGAUUUGUCUUGAAUCUGAAGUCAAAUGUGUCAUCAUUUCAGCUACUACAACAAUGGGGUAUAUUUAUCAAAGAGUGAAGUUAGAGAUUGCCUCUAGAGUGAAAUUCCGCCACUCUCCAUCAUUUGUAUGGGAUUUUUAAAAGAGUAUUUAUCAAUGGGUGAAAUUUCAUCCUUUGAUAUAUACACCUUUCAAAAUCCCAUAGAAAUGAAUGAAGAGUGUUGGAAUUUUACUCUAGAGGACUGUGGCGAUCUCUAAUUUCACUUUUUGAUUAAUAUACCCAAAUGUCUUUUGUGUAUAUCACCUUUUAGAAUAACUAGUUUGUUAUUGGUGUGGCGUCUAACUCACAAAGAUUAACUAAACUAAAGACUUUUUUUGGUAUAAAAUGCAGAAAUAAUAGUUUUGAAGCAUGUAGAUUAAAGUAGAAAGAGCAGGCAAAAGGCUUCGACUUGUACCAGUAGACUCCUUUUUGGAUUCAGCUAGAGCAAGAGCAUUGAAUAUCUUAGUCUGCUUCUGCAACAUAUACAUAUAGAAUAGCAGUUAUUUUUAUGCAAGCCUGCAUCACUGUUAAUUUAUCCAUGCAGUUUAAAUGUAUCCAUGCAGUAUACUUUUUCAAAGGUGGGAUUGAAAGGUCUGAUGCUCCCAAAGGCAUUAGGCAGUCUAUAUACCAAAAAAGUACAUUACCUUACCUUUAAGAACUAGAAUAAUACUAAUUAUAAUAGUAAUAAUAAUUUAGUACUAGAAUAAUACUUGUCACAAAUUUCAGGUUGGGACAGAAGACUCUAAGCUUUUUUUAAUUUUAGAUUGUCGAAACAUUCUUUUAAGUUGGGGUUUGGAUGAAUUUUCCGUAAAGUGAUAAAUUAAUCUAAAGGUUUGCUUCUGUGCAAUGUCUCCUCAUGGCGACCACUAAAAAACUGACAUUGAGGACCCACGCACACAACGCUUAAAUGUAGACAAUGCUAAAUAUUGUAGUUAUUAUACAGGACCAAUGUUGGGAAAUCAGGAAGGCUCAUGGGAAAUAACCUAGGCUGUGCCUUCUGAGGGACUCUGCCUUUAUGGGAGAAGACACUGUCCGUUGUUCCCUGUUUGUAUCACCUCCUUUACAAAACCAACUUCACUUACACAUGACAGAUGCCUCUUUAUAACACUAGAUUUGCCUUUAUUUAAAGUAGUUAUGGACCAUUGUAUUUUACUUUGUCAUGUAAUUCAGCAUCUGGUGCAAGCUAAAGGGAAACUUCUGAAUUGUUCAGUAUAAAAAUAUUAACUGGGUAAAUAGAUAGUAUGUACAAAAUAAAAAACAUUUCUAAUAUUUUUUUUGGCAUAAAUGUGAUGUAUAAAGGUUGAAGUGACUCUAUGUCCAACAGAACACUACUUGCUGUACAGCUCUCUUGGUUUCCACUCAUUGGUUACCAGGCAGUAACCAAUCAAUGACGUGAGGGGGGUCAUAACUUUUGCCUUUGAAUCUGAGCUGAAUGCUGAGGAUCAAAUGCAAACUCACGGAACAUUUAUGUCCCAUGUGCCCCCCUCCCCUUCAAGUCGCAGACUAACUCCGAGUUAGAGAGCUGAUAAGCAGGAAGUAGUGUUCUGGCUAUUAUGUUAGACAUUCAGUCACCCCAGCCUUUAUAGAUGACAUUUUUGUCUAACUAACUAUAUUAGAAACAUUUUUUAUUUUGCACAUACAAUCUAUUACCUAGUUUUACACGGAACUGCUCCUUUAAGUACUAGUGAAGUACAGUGCGGAAAGUCUGCACGGACAGAUAAUUCGAAAUAAUAAAAAAAAUCUAGCCUUAGAAUUUUGGUUGCUGGGGAUCACUACACCCACUUACAGAGUUGCUUUGAUUACUUUCCUUCACAGGAUACUUAAGCUGUUUUUUAGAGCGUUCUCUUUAAGUGCCUUUUGCAUUUUGGCCUCUUGCCCACUUUCCAACAGCAUGUGAACCGGAAACGAUUAGAAUUCAUCUCUUUUUACAGAAAAAUUAUGUGCAAUUUAAAUAAACAACUAGACAAGUGAUAUGCAAACCUGUUCCAGGAACCAUUUUUUGGAUGUGCAGAUGAAUAAAAAAUUAUGCAGUUACUACUUAUCUGCCUAUUUUUGGGUUGGUGAAUGCUGAGCACAGUUAAAUAGCUUCUAGGGACCAUUGUGGGUCUAUACUAUUAAACACGUUUUGAGUUAGUAGUACCAGUUUGCUAGCAUUGCUAGUACUGACCUCGUGCAGUACUUUCUGUAAGAAGAUAAUGAUAUGACAGGUAUUUGUAGGUGGGAGCAUAAUCCCUGUUUCUGAAGUGUAAUGAUAACAUUAUUCCUUUAUUCUGGGACCAGGGUUGACAAAUCUGUUUUCUGGAACAUAUUCCAAAUACUGUAGUACUUUCAAAAGUCACCUGGAAAAUAUUUAGAAAGCAGAUUAGUUUAUAAAUAUUGCAAACAUAUUGUGUUUUUUGGCUGCAAACACUUGAGAAUUAAGUAAAUAAAAAGUCAAUUAAG